AUGGCAGGCCGUAUACUCCCAGUUGCACUGGCCACUGUGUCAGGCAUCGCAAUCGGCAUGGCGACUUUUGGGGAGGAACUCAAGUCGCAACGGAUGAAGAGGCUUACAGAGGAGUACAACCGGGAUGUUGCUGCCGCCGCUGCUGCGAACAACAAAAACCCAGCUAGCAUCGCCCCUGCCACGUCAACCGCCACGCCACCGCCCACUUCGAUACCGCCGGUCAAGGAGGAGACCCAGCCAGCUACCACGUCAUGGUCAGAUGCACUCGGAUUCUGGGCCUGGAAGAAGAGCCCACAGAAAGAUCCGGUGCCAGCUGCACUGGCUGCACCAGCUGUUGCGCAGGAGGCACCGGUCCGGAGCAAGACCGAAGAGCAGAUCAAGAAGCCUUGA